AUGGAGGUGGACGAUGAUGAAAGAGAUGCUGAGGUUGCAGAAGAGCUGGACGGGGAGGACGCAGCAGGGGAAGAAGAUGCCGAGGGAGAGGUAGUGGAGGAGGACGUUGGCUCCGAGGCUGAUGCAGAGGGUGAGGACGAUGAUGAAGAGGCCGGGGGUGAGAUUGUGGGUGCCGUGAAGACGCGUUCCGCACGAUCGAAGGGCAAGCAAAGAGCGGAAGAGACCGAGGAGUCGGAAGCAGUACCGGAAGAUGAGGGUGAUGAUUCGGACGAUGAUAGCUCCAAGCCAGAAGAAGAGGACUGGGAGGCUGUUGACGAGGCUGUAGAGGAUGAAGAGGUCGGGAAUGCUACGGCCAGCCGCUGCGUAUUCUGCGGCCAGGACGAAGAGCACGAUCCGGGCGACGAAUUCGAGGAAUACCUCGCCUGUGCAGUUUGUGGUGAUAAUGCACAUCGGCAUUGUGCCAGAGAAGCAGAGACGCUAGCUUCGGAUGAAGAUGCAGCGGAAUGGCGUUGUACAGAAUGCAUCGACAAUGGCUUGGAGGCAGACUUCAAAAAUGUCCCGGAGAUGCUGUCGACUCACAGACGCUCUUCUGCUCCCAGAAUGGCACGAGACCUCCUGCCAUCUGCUAGAGGCGGCAUCAAACCAGACUCGCAUUCUGUCUUCAACACUCUCAUACUGGACGAGGAUCCCAUGGAUGGCUCUCGCUCGCUUAGAAAGCGGAAAGCUACUUCGGAAGAUGUCGACGAGCCACCACGACCGCCGGUCGUCCGCAAGCGGCGGAGAGCAAGCGCAGAGGACGAAGAGGACGAGCUUGCUACUGUCGAGACGCCUGCUGCUAAUGGCAUGGACGUGGACGGCGCAGAUGAUGAUGCUGCGACACCAAAGUCACGCUCAGGUCGACCUCAACGGAACAUGAAACGCAAGAAAGGCGCAACCAUCAUCUCGCGUGACGACAGUGAAACGAAGAGUAUUGUUGUCUCGAUACCAAUCACUGUCGCGCAAUGGGAUCAGAUCGAGCGAGAGGUACUGAAGAAGCAGCGUCGCCGUGAGCGGGAUCGACAACGUCGUGCUCGCAACAGUCGGAGAACGGUCACGGUCGAGCCUGAGGAAAUGCUACCGCAGCAGAUACCAGCGGUGCAAACAUCGAUGUACACCAAUCCCUUCUACGCGUUCCCGGACAGAGAGACCGACGAAAACAAGGGCAAGCCAUAUGGUGGCAUCCUCACUGACGCCGAAGCCGACACGCAACGAACGUACCCAGCAGAGAACGACCGUGAAGCAUUCUCCACUGCUCGCACAGAUGCAGAGCGCCGAUGGAAGGAGAAGCUGGCGGCAAGCGAAGAGACACCAGCGCGCUCCAAAGCGUCUGGUCAACCAAGUAAGAUCAAAUGCAUCAACUUCGGCCAGUACGAAAUCGAUACGUGGCAUGCUGCACCCUAUCCGGAAGAGUAUAGCCGCAACAAGCACCUCUACAUCUGCGAGUUCUGCUUGAAGUACAUGAGCUCCGACUACGUCGCGUGGCGGCAUAAACUCAAGUGCCCGGCUAAGCAUCCGCCUGGCGAUGAGAUAUACCGCAGCAAGAUGACCAACCCGGAGACUGGUGCCGAGACGACGCUGUCGUUCUUCGAAGUCGACGGUCGGCGCAACCCGCUGUAUUGUCAGAACCUCUGCUUGCUUGCGAAGCUGUUCCUCGGAUCGAAAACGCUCUACUACGAUGUGGAACCGUUUCUCUUCUACAUCAUGACUGAGAACGAUGAUUUUGGCUGCCACUUUGUCGGCUACUUCUCCAAAGAGAAGCGUGGAUGUGGCCCACCUCCGCCUAUGAAUCCCCACACUUCAUUCGACGAGAGUCAAGAAGCGCAAGCGAAGAGUGGUGCUGACGCUGAGACGGAGCAGAACAGCUUGGACGCUGUGCUCGCCAAUCCCGGCAACAACGUCUCGUGCAUUCUUGUUCUGCCCGUUCACAUGCGGCGAGGAUUCGGGAGAGUACUGAUUGAGUUCUCAUAUCUCCUGACCAAGGUGGAGGGUAGGACCGGGUCACCUGAGAAGCCGUUAUCAGACAUGGGUCUGGUGUCGUACCGCUCGUACUGGCGGACGGUACUAUGUCGACUACUCCUGCGGUACAAGGGAGACGAGGAGAACGGCGAACGGAAGAGCGAGCACCGCAUCUCCAUCGCCCAAAUCGCAAAAGAGACGGGCAUGACUCCAGACGACAUCAUCUCGACUCUCGAAGCCCUGCGCUUUCUCGUCAAGGAUCCCAUCACCCGAAGCUACGCCUUCCGCCUCGACUACGACUACAUGCGCGAGUAUGUCGAGAAGCACGAGAGGAAAGCCACCGUCACACUCGAUGAAGAUCGCCUCGUCUGGACACCGUACGUCAUGGGCCGACCGACCAAUCUCUUCACCAUCGGCGAAGAAGCCACCCAACCCCUCCAAACCGUCGCGCCUCGCGAAGAAGCGAACGCACAACAACUCCCCGCCGAACCCGAAGAAGGCGUCCAACAAUCCCUCAAAGCGCAAAACGCCUCCGCCUUCGCCCACCAACCCACCGAACCCGAAGACGCCCCCGCGCACGAAUCCACCGAACCACCCGACGACCAGCCCCCUCUAACCAACGGCGUCCGCAAAAAGACCCCACAACCCCUGGCGCUCACGCCACAACCGUCGUUCACCUCCCAUCCACCACCAAACUCCACCUCUUCCACCCGCCACACCUCCCCGCGCAAACAAACCCCCAACCCCACCACCCGCGAAGCCAGCCCCUCUUUCUCCCUGGACUCAGCAUCGCAACCCACAUCCGCCGGUCCCAUCCCACCAACGCGCUUCGAAGUCUUCCCGCCCGUGCCGGGCAUGGGAACCGGGAUGAAGCGUCGCCCUGGCCGUCCAAGUCGCAGAGGCAGGGGCAGUUAUAGCGGCACGCCGGCUCGACGGGCGAACGCGAGGAGGACUACGACUGCGACUGCGGGGUUGGGAGCGAGGAGGGCGAGGAGUAUGUUGGGCGAGAGCGCGGUUAGUGUUAAUGAGAUUGAGGAUGGGGAGGAGGCUGUUGUUGAUGCUGGGGCAGAGGAAGAGGGGGCCGGAGAAGGGGGGGCGGAUGCGGAGGGCGAGGAGGAGGAGGAGGAGGAGGAGAUUAAGUAUGAGUGA